AUGCGAGGGAAUAAGCUGGAGUGGGAAUUGAAGGCAAGAAGAAAGGCAAAGGGAAAACGGAAAAGAAAAAGUACCUACAUCCCUGGACGACAGACUAUUGGGAAAUGGCAGCAAGGCACGGCCCAUGACCACGACCGAAAAGGCGUGGAGGCAGGAAUGGGCAAGGGCCACGGUAUUGCCAUGGGCUCCGAGCAGAUGGGAUGGGAGAGCAUGGGGGUUUGCCAUGGGCGAGCCAUGAGAGGAGGCAUUCGCAUGAGCCAAGCACUAUUGACAUAG